GUCGGGGGAGGUCGGGAGCGCGCCCGUGAGCCGGGAGUAGCGGCAGUGUUGGUGGCGUCGGGAGCGAGCGGGCCCGGGAGCGGCGCGGGUGGAGGAGGAGGAGCCCGGGGCUCGAUUGUGUAACCAUGGCACAGGUAGAGAAACGGGGUGGCUUGCUCCGGAAAUCUUCAGCCUCCAAAAAACCACUGAAGGAAAAAGUGGUGCUGAUGUAUGAUGAGAUCUUCAUGAUGAGGAACCGGGAUCACGGAUGGAAGACAGAGGACCCCAGUAAAUGCAGUCCUCGGUUUUGGGAGGAGCUCUUCCUCAUGAAGGUGAAUUUAGAGUACUUAGAAGGCAAGUUGGAAUCUCUUGAUGGUGAGGAGUUAAUGAAGAUCAAAGACAAUAUUAAUUGCUUAUUUCAACACUGCAUCCAGGCUCUGGGAGAGGAGCAUCCAAUUCGAGUUGUCAAUGCAUUGCAGACCUUGUGUGCACUCAUUCGAGGAGUUCAUCAGAAGAAUAAGUCUACCUCUGGGUUUGACAUUAUCAACAUGCUGAUGGGCUUUGAUAAGGCAGAGCUGUGCAUGAAGAACUUGAUGGAGAGUUUGGAUUCAUUGCUUUGUGCAGAAGGUUCUGAAAGUCUGAAGAGUUUAUGUCUGAAACUUCUCCUUUGCUUAGUGACCGUGACAGAUAACAUCAGUCAGAACACUAUCUUGGAGUAUGUAAUGAUCAACAGUAUAUUUGAGGCAAUUUUACAGAUACUCUCCCACCCACCAAGUCGUAGGGAGCAUGGGUAUGAUGCUGUUGUCCUCUUGGCUUUGCUGGUAAACUACAGAAAGUAUGAGUCUGUGAAUCCUUAUAUUGUGAAGCUGUCUAUUGUGGAUGAUGAGGCCACGCUCAAUGGAAUGGGGCUUGUGAUUGCACAGGCUUUAUCUGAGUACAACAGGCAGUAUAAAGACAAGGAAGAAGAACACCAGAGCGGUUUUUUCUCUGCUUUAACAAACAUGGUGGGCAGCAUGUUCAUAGCAGAUGCCCAUGAGAAAAUAUCUGUACAAACCAAUGAGGCCAUUCUUCUGGCGCUUUAUGAAGCUGUUCAUUUAAAUCGCAAUUUCAUCACAGUGUUAGCCCAGAGUCAUCCAGAAAUAGGCUUGGUGACGACUCCUGUCAGUCCUGUUCCAACAACCCCAGCCACACCACUUGGGACCACGCCACCCUCCUCUGAUGUUAUAAGUUCUGUGGAACUCCCACUGGAUGCAGAUGUACAGACCAGUAAUCUACUGAUAACCUUUUUAAAGUAUAGCUCCAUCGUCAUGCAGGACACCAAAGAUGAGCACCGGCUUCACAGUGGCAAACUCUGUUUGAUUAUCCUUACAUGUAUUGCAGAGGAUCAGUAUGCCAAUGCAUUUUUGCAUGAUGACAACAUGAAUUUUCGAGUAAACUUACAUAGAAUGCCUAUGAGACACAGGAAGAAGGCAGCAGACAAGAAUCUUCCCUGCCGACCUUUAGUGUGUGCAGUACUGGACUUGAUGGUAGAGUUUAUUGUAACACACAUGAUGAAGGAGUUUCCUAUGGAUCUCUAUGUACGCUGCAUUCAGGUAGUACAUAAACUGCUUUGCUACCAGAAGAAGUGUAGAGUACGCCUGCAUUACACCUGGCGGGAGCUCUGGUCAGCCUUGAUCAAUUUGCUGAAGUUCCUUAUGUCAAAUGAGACCGUACUUUUGGCUAAACACAACAUUUUUACAUUAGCCCUUAUGAUCGUGAACCUAUUUAAUAUGUUUAUUACAUAUGGCGACACAUUCUUGCCUACCCCCAGCAGCUAUGACGAACUCUACUACGAGAUUAUCCGCAUGCACCAGAGCUUUGACAACCUCUACUCCAUGGUCCUGAGGCUUUCUACUAAUGCAGGCCAGUGGAAAGAAGCAGCUAGCAAGGUGACCCAUGCAUUGGUUAAUAUCAGAGCCAUCAUCAACCAUUUUAACCCCAAAAUUGAAUCCUACGCUGCUGUGAAUCACAUAUCCCAGCUUUCAGAGGAGCAGUUACAGCACAAUAAAACAAAUGAGCAGAAAAUAACAAGUGUCGGUGAAGAUGUGGAGAAAUUGGAAGCCUCAGACAUUGCUUGUGGAAAUGUAAAAUGGUACAGCUGCUGUUGAAACAGUUUGGCAGUUGCUAAAAAAGUUAAACAUAGAACUACAAUAUGACCUAGAAAUUCUACUUGUAGGUAUAUACCCAAGAGAACCGAAAAUAUAUGUUCAUACAAAAACUUGUACAUGAAUGUUCAUAACAGCAUUUUUCAUCUUAGGCAAAAGUACAAACAACCCAAAUGUCCAUCAACUGGAGAACUGAUAAACAAAAUGUAGUAUCCAUACAAUGAAAUAUUCAGCCGUAAAAAAGAAGGAAGUUACAACAUGAAUGGAUCAAUCUUGAUGACAUUAUGCUAAGUGAAAGAAACUAGGCACAAAAGGCCACAUACUAUAUGAUUCCAUUUAUGUUGAAAUGUCCAGAAUUGGCAAAUCUAUAGAGAUAGAAACUAAAUUGGCUGUCUCAGGCUCGGGGGUUGGGAGGAAAAGAGGAGGUGAUUGUAAAGGGUACAGAGUUUUUUUUGAGGUGAUGAAAAUGUUCUAAAAUUAAUUGUGGUGGUGGUUGCAGAACUCUGAAUAUUAAAACCCCAAAAUAAACCACUUUGAAUGGUGUUAUGAUUGAAUUGUUUUCCCCCAAAAUACAUGUCAGCUUGGCUAGGCCAAGAGUCUCAGUAUUACAUAAUUUAUUCUCUGUUCUGUAAUCUGAUGUAAUUAUCCUAUGUUAUAAAACCUAACCUCUAUGAUGUUAAUGAGGCAGGAUUAGAGGCAAUUACGUUGACGAGACAGGAUACAGUCUACAAGAUUAGGUUAUACCUUAAGUCAAUCUCUUUUGAGAUAUAAAAAAGAUUAAACAAAAAAGCAGAGAUCAAGGACCUCCUACCACCAAGAAAGAAGACCCAGGAGUGGAGUGUGUCCUUUGGACCUGGGGUCCCUGCACCAAGAACCUCCUAGACCCAGGGGAGGAUUGAUGCCAAGCCACAUGGAGAUCUCCAAGGAAUGCCGUUCCCACAGAUGUUGAAAGGAGUGAAAGACCUUCCCUCAGAGCCAAAAGACAAAGAAAGCCUUCCUCCAGAGCUGGCACCCUGAAUUCAGACUUCUAGCCUCCUAAACUGUGAGAAAAUAAACUUCCGUUUAUUAAAGCAAAAAAAAGGAUUCUGUCUGUUAGGGUUAGGUAACUGAGAGCUGGCAAUGGGACAGAGACCCCAUGUCAAGCUGUCAGUGAUUUAGAAGCAAAGAGAUGUUUUUUCUGUCUCCCUCUCUGAGAUGUGAUCUGUUCCAAGGAGAGAAACCUCAGGUGAGGAGGACAGAGACAGCUGUCUCUUGAUUUGAGCUGGGCAGAGUGCCCCACCUACAACAAGCCAUAGAGAAGGAGAAGGCCCGAUGUCAUGUUUGUGUAUCAUGUUUCCCCUACUCCCAUCCUUGGCUGCCUCUUAGUGUGAUUGGAUGCCUUGCUUGCACAGGGUAAGGACCUGGGCAUGUAGGAUCUGAAAUUAGUGCAAAGAAUAGCUUUACAAGGGGUGUUUAGGGCUUCAACCAAAUAAAGUCAGGGAGGUGGAACAACUAGGCAGGGAGAAUAAGGUCACUGUCACCACUCCUUUAACCACCUGAUGGCCUCUCACUAAUUACCCACUAUGAGGCUCAUUAUCUGGUCUGCCUUGCUAAAGGGUAGAGCCCUCCUGUCAGAUCAAUAAAUCUCAGGGCAACAGAGAGCCUUUUGGUAGAAGGCUUGAAAGACAUGGAUGGACUGAGAGAACUGGCCAGCUUAAAUUGGUUCUGAAGUUGAAUUUGGUCCUGAAGAAUACAAGAUGAAAAUGGAAAGAAAAAAGCACCUCUGCAUGCUAUAUGCAGAGUGGCUGUAUAGAGGCAAUAGUUACCAUUUAAAAGGUAAUCUUUCUGUAGCCUAGAAAUUUGUAUCCACCUUUCAGAUCGUUUUUUCCAAAGAACUAUAUUGAAUGAUUGUGCCCUAGAGAAAUAUUCAAGUUAUCUUGGAUAGAAAGUCACUGUAAGCACCCAGUGGAGGGAGGGAUGCUCAUUCAAUUGGAGUCUGUGGUUUUGUAAUCAGGUUUCUAUUUGUUCUAGUUCCUGUGCUUUUGACUCCCCCUCCCCCAGCCCCCAGGUAUUUUGAGCUAAAGUAUUAUGAAAAAAAAAAACUCGAUUUUUGCCUACAAAGGCAGCCCUCAGGACCCCAUUUGGUCUAAAAAUUCUCUUGUUCUUGGUGUCCACAGAAGUUCAGUAAGACAGGAAAUGGAUGCCUUGGCUUGAAAUUCCCCAGAUUUCUGUUCUGUGCUGCAGUGCAGUGAUUUAUUUAACAUGGCCGUUUUAGUCAUGGUCUGGUGACUCCCAUAAAAUUAUUGGGUAGGACUAUGCAAAUUAGGUGCUUGUGGCACACCAAAGGGAUUGAACAGCCUGCUAAUAAUGCAAAUAAAGUACAUGGAACCCUUGCAGGGGUGGGUCUCUGCAAAUAAGCUAUAUGGAACCCCUGUAGGGGAUUGGUCAGUUUUGCCAUCCCACCAGGUUUAAAAAGAGCCAAUCCCAGAGCAGGAAGGGGGCCUCACUAACAUCAAGAAGAAGAGCCAGGAACAGAGCACAUCAUUUGGACCCAGGACCCUAUGUUGGGAACCUUCUAGACCCAGGAAACAGAGCUGUAACCCCAGAGAUGGCUCAAGACAGUGAGAAAUGGUGGCAGAGGACCAGCAAGAGCAGAACCAGGAGACCAGCAUGGGACAGAAUGGUGGGCUUCCCUGCCCACAGAGCAAGGGGGCUACAGUGGGUGUGCUGACCAAUGGAGGGAGGAAGUUGAGUGCCUUCGGGCAGGAGACUGCUGCAGAGUGGAAUGCCUCCAGGCACUAAUCAGUGGAGCUAAAGAGUUUUGUAACACUUGCCUGAGUGAGACAGAGGCCAGGCCAAGAGUGGAGGGCUGCCUAUGGGCAACUGAGAAGAAGCUGUCCUGAUUGAAGAACUGUAUCCUGGGUUGUUCCUGUUACUUCCAAGUUAAUUCUGAUCCUGAACUGUAACUUGUUACUUCCCUAAUAAACCCCAUAACUGUGAAUAUGGUCUAUGAGUUGUGUGCGGCCAUUGCAAUGAAUUUUCAAACCCAGCAGAGAAGCUCAGAGUGGAUGGCUGGUAUCAGAAUUGAAAAAAAGGUUGGAGGGGAGAUACGUCUGACCUCCCCCUUACAGGAAUCAGCCUUGGGCUGAUGUUGAUCUUGAUUCCCCUCCCACCUCCUGAAGUUGGAAGAAGCCUGGCUUGCUGCCGUUUUUACACAUGCAGAAGCACAGAAGUACCUUCUGGGUGCCCAGCCAGGGGCUACAAAAAUGCAAAAAUCAUAGCUGUCCCUGAAGACUUCACAGUAUACGGUAUCAGGAUCACUACUUUAUUGCCUAGACCUUUGCCUGUGUGCUCUCUUGGAGACCUCUCUCAGCUGAUAUAUUUGGAAUGCUUCCAAAAGCCCCACCUGACCCUUUAUAAGCUGAAGAAGGACAGAUAAACCCACUGCUUGUCCUUGAACUCCCAGUGAAAUAUUGCCUCAUUACAAACCCAUAAAUGGUUGGCUGAUGAUUUUACGUGGAGUGAGUUUCCACAAGGAGGGCCAUGAUCAUUUAAUAUCUUUCAUCCAUGCCUCAGUUUCAUAGAAAUGGCAAAAGCAGAACCAUUAAUAGAUGUCCUUAGUAAUGGCAGGACCCUACAAGUCACUCAGCUUGGCAAGUGAUUGAGUUUGUCAUCCACUUAAAAAAUAAACCUUAUGUGGCCAAUGCCUGGCUGAAUUGAAUAUUUCCAAACACUGUUAAUUGCUACCUGGAGUCCAUUUAAUUUGUUGGGGAGGAUUGUGGAGUUGUCCAGAGGUGGAAGGGCGCACAAUGAGGGGAAUCCUUGACAUUGUCGAAAUACAAAGAGCUCCUUGCUUAGAGUUACUAAUAUAUCAGUCUGAAAUGUUCUUGCCCCAACCCAAAAUGGAGUAGUUAAACCAAAAAAGACAUAGGCUUACUGUCCAUGGCCACACAUCUUUUUUUUUUUUUUUUGACCAAUCAUGAUUUGCUGAACUUAUUUUUAAAUCAACUUUAUUGAGGUAUAAUAAACAUACAAGAAAAUGUAUUUAUGUAACCACCACCACAAUCGAAUUAUAAGAAUUCUAUCACCCAAAAAAAUUAUUUUAUGCUAUUUUACAGUCAGUCUUCAUCCUGAGUCUGUGCCCUAGGCAACCACCAAUGUGCUUUUUGUCACUUUAGAGUUGAUUUUAUACUAUAUUCUGCCUGGCUUCUUUCUGAGAUUGAUUUACACUGUGACACACUUAACGUAUUUACUCAAGAGAAAUGAAAAUAUAUGUCCACCCAAAGACUGGUACAAAUGUUCAUAGUGCAUUAUUCAUAAUAGCCAAAAAAUGGAAACAACUCAAAUGUGAAUCAACUGAUGAACGAUGGAUAAACAAAAUGUGAUAAUAUCCAUAUGAUGGAAUGUUAUUUGGAAAUUAAAAGGAAAUGAAGUACUGAUACGUGCUACUACAUGGAUGACCCCUGAAAACAUUAUGCUAAGUAGAAGAAGCCAGUCACAGAAGACCACAUAUUGUAGUAUUCCAUUUAUUUGAAAUGUCCAGAUAGGCAAACCUAUAGAGACAGAAAAUAGAUUAGUGGUUGCCUAGGGCUAGGGGCAGGGAGCAGGGUGGGAAAUGACUGCUCAUGGGUUUGGGGUUUCUUUUGGGGUUGGUGGACAUGUUCUAAACUUAGAUCACGGUGAUGGUUGCACAACUAUGUGGAUGUACUAAAACAAUUGAAUUGUGCAUUUUAAAUGGAUCGAUUUUAUGGUAUAAAAAAUUAUAUCCCGACAAUGGGUUGGAGAGAGAUGCUGAUGAAGAGUGAGCUACUUGUAUUAGGUGGACACUUGAGACUGUGUUGGCAUCUCCUGUCUGGAGAGGAGAUGGGAGGGUAGAGAGGGUUAGAAACUGGCAAAACGGUCAUGAAAGGAGAGACUGGAAGGAGGGAGCGGGCUGACUCAUUAGGGGGAGAGUAAAUGGGAGUAUGGAGUAAGGUGUGUAUAAGCUUAUAUGUGACAGACUGACUUGAUUUGUAAACUUUCACUUAAAGCACAAUAAAAGUUACUUAAAAAAAAAAAAUUAUAUCCCAAUAAAGAUGUCCAGAGUAGAACUGCGUCAUAGGAAAUCUGCCAAGGUAGUUUUUGAAAGUAGUUUGCCAUUUUGCAUUCCCACCAUCAACCUGUAUGAGUUCCAGCUGCUCCACAUUGUUGGCAACCUUGGAAUUGUGAGUUAUUUUAAUUUUAACCAUUCUAGUAGGUAUGUAGGAAACCCUGGUGGCAUAGUGGUUAAGUGCUACAGCUGCGAACCAAAGGGUCGGCAGUUUGAAUCCGCCAGGCGCUCCUUGGAAACUGUAUGGGGCAGUUCUACUCUGUCCUAUAGGAUCACUAUGAGUUGGAAUCGACUUGAUGGCACUGGAUUUUAGUGGGUACUUAAUGCUAUCUCACGACAGGUUUAAUUUGCAUGGUGACUAAUAUGUUGAGGAGUUUUUCAUGUGCUUAUUAGCCAUUUGGAUAUCUUCUUUUUCAAAGUGUGUUCAGAUCAUUUGCCUAAUUUUAAAAUUGAAUUGUCUUUUUUUAUUGUUUUUUUUUUAAGAGUUUUUUAUAUAUACUACAUGCAGGUCCUUUGUCAGGUAUAUGUAUUGCGAAUAUUUUCUUCCAGUCAGUAGCUUGCCUUUGCAUCUUCUUAAUGGUGUCUUUUGAAAACCAGACAUUUUUAUGACGACCAAUUUUAAUUUAAUUAGAUAUUGAUGAAGAUGAAUUUAUUAAUUUUCCAAUUGUGCUUUUAGUGUUUUAUUUAAUAAAUUUUUGCCUACUUCAAGGUUGUGAAAAUUUUCACCUAUAUUUUCUUAGAUGUUUUAUAGUUUUAGCUUUUGCGUUUAAGUCCAUGAUCCAUUUCAAGUUAAUUUUUUUGUAUGGUGUGUGAUAAGAGUAAAUGUUUAUUUUUUUUCACAAAUGAAUAUGUAGUUGUUCCAUCUCCAUUUGUUGGAAAGACUCUUCUUUUCCCCCCUUGAAAUAUCUUGGCACGUUUGUAGAAAAUCAAUUGAUUGUGUCUGUGUAGGUCUAUUUCUGGACUAUUGGUUCUGUUCCAUUGAAGUCUGUGUCUAAACCUGUCUUAUGUCCCACACUGUCUUAGUUAUUGUAGCUCUAUAAUAUAUCUUGAAAUCAUGUAAUAUAAGUCCUCUGACUUUUUUUUAUUGUUUUGACUAUUCUAGAUCCUGUGCAUUUCCUUAUCAAUUAUAAAAAUUGCUUGUGCAUUUCUAUUAAAAAAAAAUCCUGCUGAAAUUUUGAAUAGAAUUGCCUUGAUUCUAUAGGUCAAUUUUGGGAGAAUUAACAUCUUGCUAAUACUGUUUUCAGAUUCAUGAACAUAAUAUAGCUCUGUAGUUUAUUUAAGUCUUUUAAAAAUUUCUCUCAUCAGUGUUUUGUAGUUUUGAUUUUUUAACAUACUGGUUGUCUUAGUUAUCAGGUGCUGCUGUAACAGAAAUAACAAAAGUGGAUGGCUUUAACAAAGAGGAAUUUAUUCCUUUAUAGUCUAAGAGGCUAGAAGUCCGAAUUCUGUUGGUUCUGGGAGAAGGUGCUUGUCAUCAGUCUUCCCUGGUUGAGGAGCUUCUCAGCACAGGGACCACAGGUCCAAAGGACAUGCUGUUCUGGUUCUUGUUUCUUAGUGGUAUGAGGUCCCCGUAUCUCUCUGCUCGAUUCUCUUUUAUAUCUCAAAAGAGUUUGACUCAAGAUACAACCUAAUCUUAUAGAUUGAGUCCUAACUCAUUAACGUAACAGCCUAUAAUCCUGCCUCAUUAACAUCUUAGAGGUAGGAUUUACAACACAUAGGAAAAUCACAUCAGAUGACAAAACGAUAGACAGUCACACAAUACUGGAAAUAAGGGCCUAGCCAAAUUGAUACACAUUUUUAGGGGACACAAUUCAAUCCAUGACCUGGUCUUGCACCUAUUUUGUUAAAUUUAUCCCUAAGUAUGUUGUUUUUCUAUGUAACGUAAAUGAUAUUUUAAGAAUUUCAAAUUAUAAUUAUUCACUGCUAUUGUUUUUUAUUGUGUAGAAACAUAGUUGUUUCCAAAUUGACCCUUUUUUCUGCACUCUUGAUAAACUCAUUUAUUAGUUCUAGUAGCGUUUUUAAUAGUCUCUAAAUUUUUCUACACUUAUAAUCAUGCUGUUGACAAAUUAAUUCAGUUUUACUUUCCAAUCUGUAUGCCUUUGAUUUCUUUUUCUUGCCUUACUGGACUAAGACCUUAAGUACAAUUUGAAUAGAAGUGGUAAGAAUGGACAUCCUUGUCAGAUCUUAAGGGGAAAGCUUUCAGUCUUUAACCGUUACAGCUAACGUGUUAGCUGUAAGUUUUCAUAGAUUCCCUUCUUAGGUUGAGGAAUUUCCCUUCUAUUCCUAGUUAGCUGAGGAUUUUUAUCAUGAAUGGAUGUUGAAUGUUGUCAGUGUUUUUUCUGUAUCUAUUAAGGAUUUUUUUUUUUAUUAAGGAUUACAUAGAUUUUUUUUCCUUUAUUCUGUUAAUAUAGUCAUUGAUUUUUAAAAUAUUAAUCCAAACUUACAUUCCUGGGAUAAACCCCUCUUGACAUGAUAUAAUAUUUAUCUUAUAUGUUGCAAAAUUUAAGUUGCUAAUGAUUUGUUAAUUAUUUUUGUGUCAGCGUUCAUGAGGGAUAUUGGUUCAUUGUAGUGUCUUUGUCUGCUUUUAUAUUAGAGUAAGGGCUGGCUUUUAUAAAAUGAGUUGCAGAAUAUUUCUUACUCCUCAAUUUUUCACAAAGCAUCUGUAUAGGAUUGGCAUUAUUUUUUACUUAAAUGUUUGAUAGAAUUCACUGGUGAAGUCAUCUGGGCCUGGAGUUUUCUGUGGGAACCAUUUUUUACGCAACAUUUUCUUAUGAAAAAUUUCAAACAUAUAGUUGAAAAAAAUUAUACAGUGAACAAACACCCCAUAUAACCACCACCUAGAUUCUAUCAUUUACAUUUUACUAUACUUGCUUUGAGGAUUCCUGGUGGUGCAAUAGUUAAGCACUCAGCUGCUAACUGAAAGGUCAGCAGUUCGGGCCAACCAGCAAUUCUGAGGGAGAAAAGACCUGGCAAUCUAUUUCCGUAAAGAUUGCAGUCUAGAAAACUCUAUGUGGCAGUUCUGCUGUAUCAUAUAGGGUCGCUAUGAGUCAGAAUCAACUUGAGAGCACACAACAACAUAUUUGUUUUAUCACAUAUUGGAUCCAUCCCUCCGUCAAUCAAUUCAUCUUGUUUUUCUAUGCAUUUUUAAGUAAAUUGCAUGUAUCAGUACACUUCUGUGGGAGACAUUUUAAUUAUUAAUUUAGUUUCUUUAAUAAAUUUAGGGAUAGUCAGGAUUUCUAUUUGAUCUUGAGCCAGUUUUAGUAAUUUGUCUUCAAAGAAGUUGUCCAUACAUGUAGGUUGUUGAGUUUUCUUGGCAUAAAAUUGUUCGUAAUACUCCCUUUUUUUCUUUGUAGGAUUUGUAGCGAUGUCCCGUUUCAUUCAUGAUUCUUUAGUUCUUGAUUAGUCUGACUAGAGGUUUAUCAACUUUAUUAAUCUUUUCAAAGCAUCAGUGUUUAAUGUCAUUGAUUUUCUGUUUUCUAUUUUAUUGAUUCUUAUGGUUAUCUUUAUUGUUUCCUUAUGUUUGCUUUGGGUUUAAUUUGCUCUUUUUUUCUAAUUUCUUAAGAUGGAAACAUAGAUCAUUAUUUUAGCUCUUUAUUUUUCUAAUAUAAAAAAAUUACUGCUGUAAGUUUCUCUCUAAGCACUGUGUUAGCAACAUCCCACAAAUUUUGGUAUGUUGUAUUUUCAUUUUCAUGCAGUUCAAACUAUUUCUCAUUCCCCUUGUGAUAUUUAGAAAUGUGUUGUUUCUCUUCAGUAUUUGGGGAUUUUCCAGAUAAAUUUCUGCUAUUAAUUUUUAAUUUAACUCCUUGGUGGUCAGAAUAUAUACUCAGUGUGAUUUCAGUCCUUUUAAAUGUAUUGAGGUUUAUUUUAUGGCCCAGCAUAUGGUCUGUGUUGUUGAAUAAACAAGACAACAUAGAUCCUGAGCAUUUUUAUGUCCUUUUAAUUUGCUGAAAGGAAUCAUUUCUUCCCUUUCCCAAUUUUUCCUUCGAUUCUUGGGUCCAGGACCUAACCUUGAUCAUUCACAAAGGCUUGCCCCUCAAACCUCAAAAAAACGAGUAGAAUUGAAACACUAAGCUCUUGAAUCUCUGACAUUUUGCCCUUUUAACUGUCUGCUUGUUCACUGUGCCUCUUUUAGACCAUGUCUCUCCAGACAUAGGCCAAGCUUUGUCCUGUAUAGGAGAAGGUUAAUCAGACGGCAUCUAAAGAAAACCAGUAGUCUUCUCUGAGUACUAGUUAGCCCUGGAGCUCAUGGAUCUAAUUGUUUCUUCUCCUUGUCUUCUGAGGUGAAAAUCUGUUAACUGCAGUAUGCAAACAAGUGCUAAAAAUAGCUCAGCAAGACUUUGAACCUGGCUGUUCAAAGAUCACCAUGUGUGUCUGCUUACAUUGUUUUGGACAGUUAUCUAAUGGGCACACUGCACAGUUGAGCAGAUUUUAUGCAGUUUGAAAUGUGUUGCUAAAUUGAACACACCUUAGAAGGGCAUUUCAAAAUGGAUCAAAUCUGAUUUCUGAGAAAUUGGAACUAUGUGUUUGGGAGCAAUGUGACUUUUCUCCCACCAUUUCACCUUUUACUCCUCCCUCGUGCAAGACGUAUUUUAUUAGAAUAUCAGGGUUAAGCCUGAACAAUGUGCUCUUCAGGUGAUAGGUUCUGAUGGAGGCUAAACUGUCAGUGCCCUGGUCACAGACCUAUCUGAGCUAAUAGCCCUCCCUGCAGCUGCUGUCUCAGGGUACCUGCUAUGCUGGGGGAGAAUUUUGCACUCACAACUAGCUAACCCAUUAAUGAAGAGUGGAGGAGGUGGUAGACAAAAGAUAAGAGACCUAGAAUUCCUAUAUUUUCCUUGUCUUAAGAGAUGUGAAGCUAUCUCAACCUGGCACCCACUUCCUGGUCAAUUACGCAGCAGUCUCCAAGCCAUACUUAUGCUACUGGCCCAACCCUCUAUCUGUGUGUGUGCCCUUCAGUGAUAGUUUAUCUUGAUUCCCCCAUUGCUCUGUGGGCUUUAGAAGCCUAUCAGAGUGCUGAGAACAGUGCUGGGUGUACUGUCAGGCCCUCACUCUCUAAUCUUGCCAUGUGACCUUGAUGAGAGAUUCCUUUCCUUUUUGGUUGGGUCCCUGUGUGUGGACUACUAAGUUAGUCCACAAACAUGUUGAAUGUUUACUGUUUCUUAGGACUCUGUUAAACAUUAUGAAAAUCCUAUAAUGUAACACUGGGUCUCUUCCCUCAGGGUGCUGAGAAUCUAGCAAAAACAUAAUUUCACUGACUUGAUUUGUAAACUUUCACUUAAAGCACAAUAAAAAUUAUUUAAAAAAAAAAAAUUUCAGUGAAAAAAUUAGUAGUAGUAGCACAUUUGUUUCUUAAGGAGAGGGCCUGCCGUUCUGCCUGCCUAUCCCUGCUAACGCACAACCCUAAAGCAGUAUGUUCUUCCAUCCAUGGGAAAUCCCUCACUGGGCACUCUGUAGAAGAUGGAUCUCUUCCAGAAAGGAGGGAGGGGAGAGCACUCUGCUUGUUAAUGUUUGAGGUUGGAAUGGAAACUAUGGAAAUGGGUCAGUUUUCCCAAUUCCCAAUUCCCAAAUAGGUCAGCAAUUAUGCAUAAGAUCAUAUCAGAGUGAUAGGGAAGAAGAAUAAUAACAGCUAUUUACUGAGCACUUUCUGAGUGUCUAGCACUUCAUCUACAUUGCCUUUAGUCCUCACGAACAAUUCUAUAUGAUGAGUGUUAUUGAUACCUUCAUUUUACAGAUGAGGCAACAGGCUCAUCUAGCUCCACCCUGCUAGUAAGUGGUGGAGCUAGAAUAUGAGACCAGGCAGGCUGACUCUUAUUCUUAACCACUAUGCUAUCUUGAAAAUUACUAGCUAUUGGUUGAAACUUUUUUUGGUACCUAGAUGCAACUAGACCCAGCAGGGACUCAUCAAGGUCUUUACUUAGCAUCUAUACAGUGCUUCUUGUUUAACUGGUCCUGGUUUUAGAAGAAUAAAUAUGGUUUGUGGGGGAGGAAGAAUUGGCUUUUUGCUUCUUUAUCAUCAGAAUUCCUCUGCCACGCUGUCCAGUGCCCAACCAUCACUUAGCUUAACUGUGAAAGGCUAUUCUUGGACCAGUGAAAUUGCAAGGUUAGGAACAGACUUUGAUAGCUUCUGACAGAAAAAAAGGGGUGUCCCUCACUGGAGACACAUAACCAGUUCUGAGGAAGGUCUGGUUUUAGAAAAGUAAAGGUGGGAGGCUAGAUUAGAUCCUUUCAGAGGAAAUGAAAGAUCACUUCCCCUAUUUCUCUUUCAGUCUCCUGCCAAAGUUUAUAGAGCAUUUCAGCCCUCUAACAAAUCCAGAGAAGGGAGCUAGGCAGUGCUCUGAGUAGGAGACUUUCAUUUUUAUAGGAAAAGGCAUCUUUCAUUGAGUUUGAGGAAGUUUACUGGGUAUUAGAAGGAAAAAGGCUUCACCCUUCCUGGCUGGUAAAUGGUGUAUUUGCUUUGUCAUGUUGUCCUUACCCAACAAUGAGAGGGAGACCUCAGAUGUCAUUUACCGUAAAACUGCCUGCAGCUACUUGUACUUCUUCUCUAGCAGUUCAUUUGUCGCUAACGGUUAUUGAAGGCCUACUCUGCGCUCAGCACAAUUUCUUUUAGUGAUAGGACAUUAUGCUAGCACCAGGAGGUCCGAGCAGUGAACAGUUUAGGGGGUGACAUGAGAAACAAACCUGAUUAUUCAAACUGUUUUCAUUCUGUGGCCACCAGGAUAGGUUUGUCCCAAAUUCUGAACCAUUAUGACGGAUGAAUUUCUUAUUUCCCCAUUACUUGUCAGGGACCAAACUCUCUCAUUAUCAGCUUGUAGAAUAAGCAUACUUGUUCAUCCCCUUCUAAUUGAUGGGAGACAGUGGACUAUGUCCAGACUUAAUUAAGCCUGGCGAUGUUCUUGUUUAUGGUUUCACAGCUUGAUCCUUUAGGCUGUCCUUUCCUGCUUUGUGAGAGAAGUAAUCACGGUUCUCUAACUAGUAAGGAAACACCUGAAAUAGAGCAAAUGAUUAGAGUCCAGUGGGAGAGAUGGAUCAAGAUUCUCUUACAUGAAAAUACCUUUUAAAAGAAUUUUCAUCUUCAGAAUAGCUUUUUAACCCUCCCCCCUCCCCCCGAUUCCCUUGUAACUCCUAUAUCUGUUUCAAAGCAUCCAGAGAUUAAUUUCACUAUGAUUAGGAGGUUGGAAGGGUUAAAGCAGACUUGCAUGGAAGUGGAACAGAGUGGUUGCAGACUCUUUGGGAGAAUGGAAUGAAGGCCUUGAGGUAUGUGCAUUCAUCGUAGAAGAGAUUGAUUGAACCCCUUUAACACCUCAUCCCAAGCCUGGAGACCACAGGAUAGCUGAGCCUGAAGAAGGUCAGAUGAAGAUUAAAGACCUUUGGAUUUCAGCUUCUAAACGAGUAACCAAAAUAGCACGUAAAGCUAGAUAUUGCUGCUGAUGAAUUUGGAAACGUCUGUAAAGUGUCAUUGGUAGUGUUCCGCUGCUACUGGUGGAAAUUAGCAAGCCCUGAGGAGCCUUGUAAUCAGUAAAACUGCAGCAUCAAACCAGGCCUUGAUUAUGCUUCCUAUUUCACGGGAUAAAUCAGCCAACUUGACCUCAUAGACAUAUAUAGAACACUCCACCCAACAGCUGCAAAGUAUACAUUCACUUCCAUUUCACAGGAUGAUUGAGUUUGUUGUUGUGGUUAGGUGCAGUUGAAUCCAUAUCAACCCAUAGUGACCUUGUGUACAACAGAAUGAAACACUGCUCAGUCCUUAGCCAUCCUCACAAUCGUUGCUAUGUCUGAGCCCAUUGUUACAACCACUGUGUUAAUUCAUCUCUUUGAGGGUCUUCCUCUUCUUCACUGACGCUCUGCUUUACCAAGCAUGAUAUCCUUCUCCAGAGACUAGUCCCUCCUGAUAACAUGUCCAAGGUAUAUGAAAUGAAGCCUCACCACCCUCACUUCUAAGGAGCGUUCUGGUUGUACUUCUUCCAAGACAGAUUCGUUCAUUCUUCUGGCAGUCCAUGGUAUAUUCAAAAUUCUUCACCAACAUCAUAAUUCAAAGGCAUCAAUUCUUCUUCAGCCUUCCCUGUUCAUUGAGUUUGAAUUCCUCAAAUCUUUCUUCUCUGGACAACCAAGUUUUAUCCUGUAAACACAGGAAGAUGCCCUACGGUAAACUAGCCUGCUAGUAUAGGAGGACUGCUAGAUUGGGAGUCAGAAAAAUCUGGUGUGACUUUGAGGAAGUUACAAUCUUUCUGGACUUCUAUUUAUUCAUCUGUGAAAUGGACUAUGGGCUAGGUAGGUAAUUUGAAAGGUUUGUUCCAGAAGUAUUAUUUCUAUUGUUAAGUCCCGGGGGCACUUUGACACAAAGAGUUAUGGUUGCCUUCCAUUACAUUGGUAACUUCAGACCCUCCUGACCACCAUUUGACUACCUGAUAAAUCUUUUUUUUUUAACUGUGGUAAAAUAUAUAUAACAAAAAAAUUGCCAUUUUAAGUGUAUAAUUCAGGGACAUUAAUUACAUUCACCAUGUUGUACAACCAUCUCCAUUAUCUGUUUCCAAAAGCUUUUCAUCACCCCAAACAGAAACUCAGUUUCCCUUAAGCAGUACCUCUCCCAUUACACUUGAUUAAUCUUAUUUUAAUACAUCAAAUACUUUCUAUUCCAUUUUUCUUCUUUUGUUCCAUCUCAAAAGCCUUCACUCAUUUGGAACCUUCUAUUUACUAGAUGGAAACCCUGGUGGUGUAGUGGUUAAGUACUACAGCUGCUAACCAAAGGGUCGGCAGUUCAAAUCCUCCAGGUGCUCCUUGGAAACUCUAUGGGGCAAUUCUACUCUGUCCUAUAGGGUCUCCAUGAGUUGGAAUCAACUCGACGGCACUGGGUUUGGGUUUUUUUUGUUGUUGUUGUUUAUUUGCUAGAUUGUAUCAUUUAUAUUUUUAUAAUUAUUUCUAAUCUUCAUACUAUGUUCUCUUCCUCACUUGGCAACCUGGCCUCUAGGGAAGGCCAUACAUGUUGCCCUGGCUGGGAGUGGGCUGAUGGCAGCUUUAAAUGCUUUCUUCAAAUAGGUCAUACUGUAGAUGUCAGCUCAAAUUGAGAAUAAGGUUGUGAACAUAAGUUUGCAGUCAGGUCACACCCUAUCACUUAGUUGUCCUCUCAUUCAGCUGGAAAUUCAGUCUAAUAGAGAUUUGAGACUGUCUCAGCAAUUUUUUAAGCACAGGGCACAACCCAGUGGCAUCAAGGGUGGAUAACCAUUGCCAAGAACUUUUCUAACUUGAUGGUUCUCGUUUGCUGCUAUCUCCAGCCUAGAAGUUAUUUCACCUCUCAAUGGUCCUGCUAAAAACUGGGACACAGUCUUCUGAAUAGUUUACAAGGAAUGCCCAUUGUGUAUGCUAGAGGAAGAGUGUGUAUGUAUCUGAAAUCUUUUCAACAAAUUUGAACUAACCUCAUACACUGAGUUCUCUCUCCUGUCAGCAAAGACCAUCCUGAUCCUGAUGUGGCCACGACCGUCACAACCUUCGUCAUGCAAGGCCAGGCCUCUGUGGGCCUCUCUACUGGCACUUUCUUUAGUAUAACCUGUAUUCCCUUGCACUACUCAAGGUUGUUAAGUUUGGCAGUGUGUACUGGGUAUUCUCUGACUUCUGGAUGAUGUAUUACGAGCUUUAUUCAGGACAGUGAGGUCAUGUGGGAGGCCUGCUUUCAUAUUGAGUAGAGAAGUUUCUUUUCCUCUUUCUCAGAAUCUGCCAUACACUGAAAGAAGAUGAGUGGGGCAGUAGCUCCUAACUUAUCCAUAGAACUAUCUGGGGACAACAGGAACUUCCAAAUUCCCCUUGUCACCAGAAAGAGAAUUUCAUUAUAAGAUUAAAAAAACCUGUUGUCAUCAAGUCGAUUCCAACUCAUAGCAACCCUAAAGGACAGAGUAGAACUGCCCCACAGGGUUUCCAAGGAGUGCCUGGUGGAUUCUAACUGCCAGCCUUUUGGUUAGCAAUAAUAGCCCUUAACCACUAUGCCCCACAGGGUUUCCAAGGAGUGCCUGGUGGAUUCUAACUGCCAGCCUUUUGGUUAGCAAUAAUAGCCCUUAACCACUAUGCCACCAAGAUUAGCAACCAUUUAUUGACUAGUCAUUAUGUGACACGUAUUAGACAGUCAUUUAACAUGGAUUAUCUCGUUUCACUACCACUUGUCUGUCAGUUUGUCAUUCUGUGGUGGCUUGUGUGUUGCUGUGAUGCUGGAAGCUAUGCCACAGGUAUUUCAAAUGCCAGCAGGGCAGGGUCGCCCAUGGUGGACAGCUUUCAGUGUAGCUUCCAGACUAAGACUAGGAAGCAGGACCUGGUGAUCUACUUCCAAAAAAAAAAAAAAAGGCCAGUGAAAACCUUAUGAAUAGCAAUGGAACACUGAUAUAGUGUUGAAAGAUGUACCCCUCAGGUUCCAGCUGGGGAAGAGCUGACUCUUCAAAGUAGAGUUGACCUUAAUGAUGUGGAUGGAAUAAAGCUUUCAGGACCUUCAUUUGCUGAUGUGGCACAAUGCAAAAUGAGAGGAAACAGCUGCAAACAUCCAUUAAUAAUCGGAACGUGGACUGUACAAAGUAUGAAUCUAGGAAAAUUGGAAGUCAUCAAAAAUGAAAUGGAAUGCAUAAACAUCGAUAUCCUAGCCAUUAGUAAGCUGAAAUGGACUUGUAAUAGCCAUUCUGAAUUGGACAAUCAUAUGGUCUAGUAUGCCGGGAAUGAAAAGUUGAAGAGGAAUGGCAUUGCAUUCAUCCUCAAAAAGAACAUUUCAAGAUAUAUCCUAAAGUACAGUGCUGUCAGUGAUAGCAUAAUAUCCAUACACCUGUAAGGAAGAUCAGUUAAUUCGACUAUUAUUCAAAUUUACCCAUCAAACACUAACGCCAAAGAUGAAGAAAUUGAAGAUUUUUACCAACUUCUGCAGUCUGAUAAUGACCAAACAUGCAAUCAAGAUGCAUUGAUAAAUACUGGUGAUUGGAAUGCAGAAAUUGGAAACAAGAAGAAACAGUAGUUGGAAAAUAUGGCCUUGGUGAUAGAAACAACGCCAGAGACCACAUGAUAGAAUUUUCCAAGACCAAUGACUUAUUCACUCCAAAUACCUUUUUUAAACAAUGUAAACAGAGACUAUACACAUGGACCUCCCCAGAUGGAAUACACAAGAAUCAAAUCAACUACAUCUGUGGAAAGAAAUGUUGGAGAAACUCAAUAUCAUCAGUCAGAACAAGGUCAGGGACCGACUAUGGAACUGGCCACCAGUUGCUUAUAUGCAAGUUCAAAUUGAAGCUGAAGAAAAUUAAAACAAGUCCACGAGAGCAAAAGUACGACCUUAAGUAUAUUCUACCUGAAUUUAGAGACCAUUUCAAGAAUAGAUUUGACAUAUUAACACUAAUGACCAAAGACCAGAUGAGUUGUGGGAUGACAUUAAGGACAUCAUACAUGAAGAAAGCAAAAGAAGGACCAAAAUGGAUGUCAGAAGAGACUCUGAAACUUGUUCUUAAACAUAGAGUAGCUAAAGCAAAUGGAAGAAAUGAGGAAGUAUAAGAGCCGAACAGAAAAUUUCAGAGGGCUACUGGAGAAGACAAAGUAUUAUAAUGAAAUGUGCAAAGACCUGAAAUUAGAAAACCAAAAGGGAAGAACACACUCAGCAUUUCUCAAGGUGAAAGAACUGAAGAAAGAAAUCAAGUCUCCAGUUGCAAUAUUGACAGAUUCUAUGGGCAAAAUAUUGCAUGACACAGGAAGCAUCAAAAAAAAGAUAGAAGGAAUACAGAGUUACUGUACCUGAAAGAAUUGGUGGUUGUUCAGCCACUUCAGGAGGUAGCCUAUGAUCAGGGACCUAUGGUAUAGAAGGAAGAAGCCUAAGCUGCCUUGAAGGCAUUGGCAAAAAACAAGGACCCAGGAUUUGACAGAAUACCAAUUGAGAUAUUUCAACAAAUGGAUGCAGUGUUGGAAGCACUCGCUCAUCUAUGCCAGAAAAUUUGGGAGACAGCUCCCUGGCCAACUGACUGAAAGAGAUCCAUAUUUGUGCCCGUUCUAAAGAAAAGUAAUCAAACAGAAUGCGAAAAUAUCAAACAAUUUUGUUAAUAUCAUACCCAAGUAAAAUUUUGCUGAACAUAAUUCACAAACGGUUGCAGCAGUAUAUCGACAGAGAACUGCCAGAAAUUCAAGCUGGAUUCAGAAGAGGACAUGGAAUGAGGGAUAUCAUUGCUCAUGUCAGAUGGAUCUUGGCUGAAAGCAAAAAAUACCAGAAAGUUUUUUUUUUUUUUCCAGAAAGAUGUUUACCUGUGUUUUAUUGACUAUGCAAAGGCAUUAGACUGUGUGAAUUAUAAUAAGUUGUGGAUAACAUUGUGAAAAAUGGGAAUUCCAGAACACUUAAUUGUGUUCAUGAGGAAUCUGUACAUAGAUCAAGAGGCAGUCGUUCGAACAGAAUAAGGGGAUACUGCAUGGUUUAAAAUCAGUAACGAUGUGCGUCAGGGUUGUAUCCUUUCACUAUACCUAUUCAGUCUGUAUACUGAGCAAAUAAUCUGAGAAGCUGGACUGUAUGAAGAAGAACGUGGACUCAGGAUUAAGGAAGACUCAUUAACAACCUGCGAUAUACAGAUGACACAAUCUUGCUUGCUGAAAGUAAAGAGGACUUGAAGCACUUACUGAUGAAGAUCAAAGACUACAGCCUUCAGUGUGGAUUAAACUUCAACAUAAAACAAAAAUCCUCAAAACUGGACCAAUAACGAAUAUCUGAUAAACAGAGGAAGUAUUGAAAUUGUCGAGUAUUUCAUUUUACUUGGAUCCACAAUCAAUGCCCAUGGAAGCAGCAGUCAAGAAAUCAAAUGAUAUAUUGCAGUGGGCAGAUCUGCUGCAAAAGACCUCUUUAAAGUGUUAAAAAGCAGAUAUGUCACUUUGAGGACUAAGGUAUACCUUACAUAAGCUGUGGUAUUUUCAAUCACCUCAUAUGCAUGCAAAAGCUGGGCAAUGAAUAAAGAAGACCAAAGAAGAAUUGAUACCUUUGAAUUAUGGUGUGGACAAAGAAUAUUGAAUAUAUCAUGAACUACCAGAAGAACAAAUAAAUCUGCCUUGGAAGAAGUAUAGCCAGAAUGCUCUUUAGGAGCUUUCUGCCUUGGAAGAAGUAUAGCCAGAAUGCUCUUUAGGAGCUAGGUUGGUGAGACUUUGUUUGAUGUACUUUGGACAUGUUAUCAGGAGACCAGUCCCUGGAGAAGGACAUUAUGCUUGUCAAAGGAGAGCGUCAGCAAAAAAGAGGAAGACCCUCAACGAGAUGGAUUGAUACAGUGGCUACAACAAUGGGCUUAAACAUAACAAUGAUUGUGAGGAUGGCAUAGGACUGGGCAGGGCUUCGUUCUGUUAUACAUAGGGUUGCUAUGAGUCAGAAUUGACUGCAUGGCACCUAACAACAACAUCUCACUUCAUCUUUAUGAGAUAGGUAGUGCCUACCCCGUUUUACAGAUAAGAAAACCAAGGCUCAAAAAGUCAAAUAACAACUCUUCAAACAUGGAUUGGACUAGACAAUGGGUUGGAGAGGGAUGCUGGUGAUGAGUGAGCUUCUUGGAUCAGGUGGACACUAGAGACUAUGUUGGCAUCUCCUGCCUGGAGGGAGAUGAGAGGGUGGAGGGGGUUAGAAGCUGGCAAAAUGGACAUGAAAAGAGAGAGUGGAGGGAGAGAGUGGGCUGUCUCAUUAGGGGGAGAGUAAUUGGGAAUGUGUAGCAAGGUAUAUAUGGGUUUUUGUGUGAGAGACUGACUUGAUUGGUAAACUUUCACUUAAAGUACAAUAAAAAUUAUUUUUGAAAAAGGCAAAUAAAUUGUACAAAUUUACAAAGGUAAUCACUGGCAGAUAUGGGAUCAAAUUUUAGGUGUCUCUGACCUCACAGCUUAUAUUCUUAAUGACUUUGCUGUCUUCUCAGGCCCUUCCCCUCCAGAGACCUCAAGGUCAGGUAUUUAGGGCCCCCUGUUUGUUUUUCCUUCUCUUGAUGCAGAGUGUUUCAGGGCAAAUAAGAGGGCAUAGGAUAUUUGAACUGAGACCAUUUGUGUGUCCCUUGUCUUUCACUUAAAUUCAGAAGAUCUUUCUUUGUAGUGAAGAAUCUUUUGUGUACAUAGGAGCUUUGGGACGUUUGAAAUAGGUAGAUACUUCCUGGACUGUGAAGGCAGGUCUUCUUGAGUUGCAAGAGCUGUCCAGGUAACAGCUAUGUAGCCAUUGGGAUAAUAGUGUUUCACUCAAUUGUAUUUUACCUUUAGGAACUUAGAACAUCUAUUCCCAUGUCAUUUUAGGAAGGUAAGUUCAAGUUGCAUUUUAUAGAGAGAAGGGUUGAGGCUCAAAGAGGUUAGGUGAAUUGUCUAAGGUCUCAUAGGAAGUGUGGGGCUCACAGUUCUCUUUUUUUAGGCUCUUUGCCAGCACCCAAGUUCUUGUCUACAGAAGGUCAUAGAUGGGGGUGUAAAGAUUUCUUAGAGAGCAUGUGACUUGCCAGUGCUUCACUGGCUUUGGAGCUACCUUGCGCUGAGGUAGUAGGCAUGGUUCUGGGAAGCCCACAAGCCCAAGGACUGGUGAAUGAAGGUGGCUUGUGCUUGGGGAAUAGACUGUUCCUGAUGAGUUAGAGAAGGAUCCCAAUCUGGGAGAGGACUUUGGAGUUGCCAGAAAGCCAGAGGGAAGCUACAAAUUUUGGUAAAACCUAAGCCUUUAGGCACAAGGGCUCUGGGAGAUUGCUUUCUACCUAAGUGCUGCCCUUGCCGUGUUCCAGACCAGGGCGGCAUGUGAGACUCAGACAGGGGCAUGUUCCUAAAGUCUGGAGCUACAGUAAGCAAAGUCCCAGACUAGGAAGGAAUUCCUAGUGCUCCAAAGUCCCAAAUGAGCUGGUACCUAGACCUGAGCUUAAAAUGUCUUCUUCCCUUGGGCAUUAAAGAGAAGUGACAAGGGUGGGAGAAGACAGAGGCUGGAUAAAUUGACAAGCAGCUUUCCCCUGGGUAAAAGAAGAUACAAGGGAGUAAGCCCACAAGAAGAAGCCCAAGAGAAGGAGGUGGCAAUGGGCAGUGUCUACAUAAGAGGAGAGCUAAGAUCAUUCCUUCUCUUAAGUCCAGCCAGGUCUCUGGUUUCCUCCCAAGGAGCUAAUAGCUCAAGAAUCUUCUGUGAUUUCACCUCUCUGUAGCAAACUGGACUUUACUGGGAAAGGAAAAACCCCUUUUCUGAGUGAGAUCUAGACUUUGCACUCUGCCCUAGCGAGAGGAGUAAGCCCAGGUGAUCAAGUCAGCCUUACCUGAGGCCUGAGACUCACAGGAUGUAUCAGAGAUACAGUUCUUCUGUACCUCCUCACAGAAAUUGGUUUUAACAUGAGGUUUGUCUUUUGGCACCUGACACCCCUCGGGGAAGACAGAGCCCAGGUUCCUGGGGUAUAGGCAUUACUGAGGCUGCCCAGAUUUCUGGGCUAGGAAAACACAUAUUACUCUAUUCUGCCUCAUCCCAAGGGGCUGGUUCCAUGUUGGAGGGAAUUAUGCCUUUUUCUGGGCUUGAGCCAUUCAUAUCUGAGCCAAGACCUUGGCUGCAGAUAUUCUAGCCACGAGUGCAGCCCAUGUGUAAGAGAGGACCAGAUUACUUUGUGGGUGACUGCCGUUGCUGGGUACUGGUCCUCCUGUCUACAGAGCUGGCAAAUGGAAUUAGAAGCAGAGGAGUCAGCCUGUUCUAGGGUCUAUGGGACACAGCCAGGCAAAGUGACCUUGUGGAGCUGGGUGACUGGAGGGAAGGAGCCUGAGCCAGCAACCUGGGCCAGACCUUUGCCCUAGCUUUCCCUUCCCCCAAAACUCAGAGGCUCUUCCAUAGGAUACAAGCCAUCCCUGUGCUCUGCAGCCUCCCUGGAUUCUUGGCAGGCAGAAGUGUUUAUUACCAAGUGAAGUCUGCCCUGGCACAAAACAGGACUGGUGAAGGGAACAGCCCAGAGGCACCUUUGCCACCCCUAGGAGCUCAUCCCCAAUCCUUCCAACCUGUCCUAACUCCAGCUUGUUUCCUUUACCUCCACCUUCUGUCAGAACUAAGCCUGUCUCAUCACUCACUCACCACCCCACCCCCUACAAGCUCCCUACCAAGCAGGAAGCUCUCCAUGUUGUCAUAGAGUUUCCUCCCAGGACAGAUCAAGUUGCAAAAUAGCUGUCAUCCAGAUUCCCAGACUAAGCAGUCCCUCUCCUGGUCUCUUCUUUCUGCCCAGCUUACUUCUUCUGACUUGAUGUAGUGCCUCUCCUCCCAACAAUCCUAGCCUCUGAUUCAUGGUCUUAUAUGCCAGAGUCAUAUCAGGCCUGGCCAUGGUAUCCCCUUCCUACUGGAACCAUAGAGAUCCAAAGUUCCUGUAGUCAGUGGAGAUCUGAAUCCCUACCCCUUUAUACACACACACUGAAAGCCAGAGAGAGGCAUCGUGGGGGAGAGACCCCUCAUCAUAACAAAACAAGAUGAGAUUAGCUCUAGCUUAGUCUAGAAACUGUCAAGGCCAGGAUGCCCAAAAGUUCCAUCCAGGCAAGGAUACGAAGACUGAUUUGGCAUUGAGAAAUGAAGACAAGUGGCAGAUGAUGCUCAGGAACAUCCCAGGGCUGAAGAAAUGUGGUACCCAGAAAGGGAGAAGGAAGCAGACAUGGCAAAGUCUUACUCAAUAACUGUGACAACCUGGACAGAGAAAGCUUCAGGAUAGGGCAGAGAACACAUUUAUGAUUUCAGGGAUACUAUUUUUUUUUUUAUUGAGGGUUAGUGAGCUCAAUACCCUGUAGUUACCUCUAUUACGUUGUCUUUCCCUCUGUAUUUGACUUUCUUGUUUUCAUCCCUGUCUCCCCCACUGGACUGUGAUCACCUGGUCACCUGGAAGUCAAGUAUCAUGUCUUAAUUGUCUUUGAAUUCUUGAUGCCUAAUACAGUGCCUGGAGCCCUGGUGGCGCAGCCGUUAAGAGCUAUGGCUGCUAACCAAAAGGUCAGCAGUUCGAAUCCACCAGCUGCUCCUCAGAAACCCUAUUGGGCAGUUCUGCUCUGUCCUGUAGGGUCACCAUGAGUUGGAAUCCACUCGACGGCAACAGGUUUUUGUGUGUGUGUGUGUGUUGUGUGUGUGUGUUUGGUGAGCUUAGACACGCACUGUUCUGUCUUCUCUUUCCAUGCUGUUUUACCAGUCCCGGAGUAAACUGUCUGGAUGGCCAGGUUGGGCUGGUCAGGAAAGGCAGGGAGUGGGGGAGAUUAGAAAGCGUGCCUAGAAACCUGAGGAAUUGCUCCCUGUGGCUGGGUUUUUUUCUAGGUGGUAGGUAGUGAGCAAUGAGCUCUGGUGGUGCGAUGGUUAAGCACUUGUCUACUAACCAAAAGGUUGGCAGUUUUAACCCACCAGCUGCUCUGUGGAAGAAAAGACCUGGCGAUCUGCUCCUGUAAAGAUUACAGCCUAGGAACCCCUAUGGGGCAGUUCUGCACUGUCAUAUUGGGUCACUAUGAGUCAGAAUGGAUUCACCAGCACACAGCAACAAAGUAGUGAGCAAGGCCUCUUGGAGGUGUUGCCCUAGACUGAAUCUGACCCAAGAAGGGCAUGGGAGCCGAGAGGCCUGGCGUUUGCAUGGCCUAAGUUCUGCCUGAUCCUUGACCU